AUGCUGCUGGCACGUGGCCAUCCUCAUAUAGUCACACUUCAUGACACGAUUGAAGACAGAAAGGGUGUUCACCUUGUCAUGGAGCUAUGCAGAGGGGGAGACCUCUUCGAUAGAAUCACAAAGUUCGGGCCGUAUUCUGAACCCUCUGGAGCCAAGCUCUGCCAAGCUCUCACCCACGCCGUGCUACACUGCCAUAUGCACGGAAUAGUACACCGCGACAUCAAGCCCGAAAACAUCCUCCUUAUAGACGCUUCCGACGAAACGAAAAUAAAGCUCGCUGACUUUGGGGCAGCAGCUUUUGUGACUGAAGGGGAGGUGAUUACAGAUGUGGUGGGGACACCUGAAUCCAUGGCACCUGAAAUGUGGGGAGCUGUUUUUGAUGAUUCCAACCAACUGAUCUCUACACCACGGGAACAUGGAGUGCAAUACGGUUCGGCAGUGGAUGUGUGGAGCAUGGGUGUAGUCAUGUACGUGGCAAUGAGUGGUGUACCGCCUUUCUGGGCUACAGCAGAGCGCACUGUAGCUGAGGCAGUGCUUACACGGCCGGUGGUUUUUCGUCCCGCCAAGUGGGGAGGGGUGUCGGAGGAAUGCAAGGAGCUUAUAGCGAGGAUGCUGGAGAAGGAUUGGAAGAAGCGCAUCACUCCUGUAGAAAUCCUUGCAAUGAAGGGUCUGGAGACGAUUUAUGAAGGCGACGAAGGGGACGAGGCUCUCACGCAGGAGCGAGACACGAAAAGAGGGGACGGACGAGGGGGGGAGGUUAAGAGAGGGGACGAACGAGAGGGUCUCGGAGGGGGAAGCAACGGGAGGUCGCAGAGUCAAGAGGCGGCGAGGGAUGAUGGCGAGGGAGGAGGUAAGAGGCGCUACUAUCGCGCCGCAGAAAGCGGCGGGAAUCGCGAGCGGGACGGGGACGGGAAGGCGGACGAGGAGGAGAGAGAGGAGGAGGAGGAUUACGAGGAGUACAUCCCCGUUAAGAAGCGACGCCUUAUGGAACAGCAACGGCUCUUGGCAGCGCGAGCAGCCGAGCGCGGUAUAGCGCUGGGCGCAAAGGGCAGCGGAGCCGGCGGAGGCGGGGAGGGGGAAGGAGCCGGCGACGGGGAGGACGGCGCCGGAGCUGGGCCGGAGGCUCGGCCGAGCCUGCUGGUGAAGGCGACAUUGCUGAAGAAGGAUGUGCCGGAGCUGAGCCACACGGAGCAGGUGCUGGCGGAGGAGAAGGAGAUGUUCGAACGACUGAGCGACCGCAAGACCCUCAUGAGCGUGAAAGAACUCGCCAAGGGCAUCCAGUACACCGAGCCUCUGUGGACGGGUUGGAAGCCGCCGAGCCACAUCCGAGGCAUGAGCGAGGAGGAGCGGGCGGAGAUCCGGAAGGCGUGGCACAUCCUGGUGGACGGCGAGCAGGUGCCGCCGCCCAUCAAGAGCUUCAAAGACAUGCGCCUACCCGAGCCCUGCCUGCGCGUGCUCAAGAAGAAAGGCAUCCUGCGCCCCACGCCCAUCCAGGUGCAGGGAAUGCCUGCGGUGCUGGAGGGGAGGGACAUCAUCGGCAUUGCUUUCACUGGAUCCGGAAAAACGCUCGUCUUUGCGCUGCCUAUGGUGCUCAAUGCACUGCAGGAGGAGGUGCGCAUGCCGCUGGUAGCAGGGGAGGGCCCCACGGGGCUCAUCGUGUGCCCCUCCAGGGAGCUCGCCCGGCAGACGUACGACGUGGUGAACGAGUUUGCUGAUGCUCUCAGGAACGACCGCAGAGAGCGGUACCCAGAGCUGCGCAGCAUGCUGUGCAUAGGAGGCAUCGACAUGCGGCAGCAGCUGGAGGUGGUCAAGCGUGGAGUGCACAUGGUGGUCGCCACUCCCGGCCGCCUAAAAGACUUGCUUAACAAAAAGCGCAUGAACCUGGACAUCUGCAAAUACCUCUGCUUAGAUGAAGCCGACAGGCUCAUCGAUCUGGGAUUCGAGGACGAUAUUAGAGAGGUAUUCGACCACUUUAAAGCCCAGCGACAGACGCUGCUCUUUUCCGCCACCAUGCCGAAGAAAAUCCAGGCGUUUGCGAAAAGCGCGCUGGUGAAGCCUGUGAUGGUGAACGUGGGGCGCGCAGGUGCAGCGAAUCUGGACGUGAUUCAGGAGGUGGAGUAUGUGAAGCAGGAGGCCAAGAUUGUGUACCUCCUGGAAUGCCUCCAAAAAACGCCGCCCCCGGUGCUGAUUUUCUGCGAGAACAAGGUGGACGUGGACGACAUUCACGAGUACUUGCUGCUCAAGGGAGUAGAGGCGGUGGCGGUGCACGGAGGGAAGGAUCAGGAGGAGCGAGAGGCGGCGAUCGCGGCGUUUAAGGCCGGGAGGAAGGAUGUGCUGGUGGCUACGGAUGUGGCGUCCAAGGGGCUGGAUUUCCCGGAUAUUCAGCACGUGGUGAACUAUGACAUGCCGGCUGAGAUUGAGAACUAUGUUCACCGCAUUGGGCGCACGGGGCGCUGUGGGAAGACUGGCAUUGCAACAACCUUCAUCAACAAGAACCAGAGCGAGACGAUUCUGCUGGAUCUGAAGCAUCUGCUGCGAGAAGCCAAGCAGCGCAUCCCCCCCGUGCUGGCCUCCCUGGACGAUCCCAUGGAGGACGCAGAGGCGCUCGCUGCCGCCUCUGGCGUGCGCGGGUGUGCCUUCUGUGGCGGGCUGGGCCAUCGCAUCAGCGAGUGCCCCAAGCUAGAGCACCAGAACACGCAGGCCAUCUCGGGCACGCAAAAGGACUACCUGGGGUCAGGGGGGUAUGGAGGAGAGAUGUGA